AUGCCCGCCGGCGUUCCCGCGCCCCUCCCCACGCUGACCCACGCUGCCAACGCUGACCCGCCUGCUGCUGACCGCGCCCCUAUCGCGGAGCCUGCUUCCGCCACCGCCGCUGCAGCCCCAGACGCCACCCGCUGCUGCUGUCACCGCUGCCACCUCUGCUACUGCCUGCUGCCGCCUGCCACCGCCUGCCACCGCCUGCCUGCCGCUGCCUGCCGCCGCUGCCCACCACUGCUGCCACCGCCGCCUGCCACCGCCUUGCUGCUGCCGCCACCAGUCACCUGCUGCCCGCCGGCAUCCGUGGCCAUCGGCCUGCCACCGCCGUCUGCUGCCUCAGCCUGGCUCCACCGGGCCCAGCUACCUAACACCGAGAAUGCAUGCCAACGCUGCCUGCCUACCCCCACCGCUGCCGGCACCGCUGGCCUAACGCUGCCACCUGCCAAUCGCCACAGCUGCCGCCUCCCUAAUGCUGCUCCUGCACCUGCUACCUCUUACCUGCCACCACCGCCUGCCUACUGCUGGUGCCUGCAGGCCGCUGCCCCCACUGCCUGCCUCCGCUGCAGCCUGCCUCCUCCUGCCACCUUCCCCCGCCACCUGCCUCCGAUGUCUCCCGUGGCUUCCUGCCACUGCCGCCUGACACCGCUGCCGCCGCUUCCUGUUGCCGCCUGCCUGCCGCUUGCCGGGGCUUGCCUGCCUGCCGCCCCAGCUGCCUGCGUCCCACCGCUUCCUGCCGCCGCCGCCUGCUACCUCCUCGCACCGCGCGCCUCCCUUGCCUGUGGCUGCCUGACUGCCAGCCACUGCUUACCACAGCCUGCCCGCGCUGUCGCCUGCUGCCACUGCCGCCUGCCUUCGCUUCCUGCCGGGGCUGCCUGCUACUACCUACCACCACCGCCUGUCUGCCAACUCUGCCUGCCGCCGCCCGGCAUCCUUGCCUGUGUCCCCCUGCCUCCGCCUGCCUGCCCGCACCCCCUGCCGCCGCUUACCGGUGCCUACCGCCGCCACCUGCCACCACCACCACCACCUGCCUACCGCGGCCGCCUGCAGCCCGCUGCUGACGUUGCCUGCCACCGCCUGCCUGCCCCCACUGCCCGCUGCCCGCCACGGCCCGCUGCCGCUUCCUUACCACCGCCGCCUGCUGCCGCUUACCACUGCCCGCCACCACCGCAUGCCUACUACUGCCGCCUCCCAACAGCUGCAAUUCCCGCCUUCCUAACACUGCUGCCUGCGGCCACCACCUGUCCCCGCCACCUGCCUGCCACUGCUUGUUGCCACCACCGCCUGUUGCCAUCUGCGGCUACUGCCACCAGCCUCCGCUGCCUAACCUCGAAGAUGCCUGCCAACGUUGCCUGCCUACCGCCGCCACCUGCUGCCGCUGCCCCCCGCAGCCCGCUUGCUCCCACCGCCUGCCGCUGCCGCCUGACGCUGCUGCCGUCUGCUGCCCUCACUGCCUGCCGCCGUUGUGGCCCGCCUCCCCCUGCCACCUGCCCCUGCCGCCUGCCGCCGCUUUCUGCAAUCGCUUAUGGCCGGCUACGACUGUCAGCCGCCACUUCCUGCCUGGCCCCUGCUGCCUGCAGCCCGCCACGGCCUGCUGCUGCUUACCUACCACCGCCGCCUACCCCCGCCUGCUGCCACUUACCACUACCCGCCACGGCAGCCCACCGCCACCACAUGCCUACCGCUGCCGCCUACCUAACAAUGUUGCCUGGCCCUGCCGCCGGCCGCCGCUUCCUCCCGCCGCUUACCACUGCCUGCCCCCGUCUGCCACCUCUUGCCGCCGCCGCCCCCUGCCUGCCCCUAGCCGGGGCCUGCCGGCCGCCACUACCUGCCCCCACCACCUGCCCGCCGCCGCUUCCUGCCGCCACUGCCUGUUGCCGCCUGCGGCUACUGCGUACCCCCAGUGCUGCAGCCUGCCUGCAACUCUUCCGCUGCUGCCCAACGCUGAAGCCGACUGACGCCAGCACUACUGCUGACGCCGCCGACGCCGCUGACGCCCCUGACGCCACUGACGCCGCAGACGCCGCCGCCCGCUGCAGCCAUAGACGUCACCCGCUGGUGCUGUCACCGCCGCCACCUCUGCUGUUGCCCGCUGCCACCUGUCACCGACUGCCACCACCUCCCUGCCGCUGCCUGCCACCGCCGCCUGCCACCGCCUGCCUGCUGCCGCCACCAGGCACCUGCUGCCCGCCGUCAUCCGUGGCCGCCUGCCUGCCUCCGCAUCCUGCCGCCGCCUGCCACCGCCGUCUGCUGCCGCAAUGA